CCCACUCGCGUUCUCUGUCAGCCUCGGUGCGCCCGCUCUCCUCUCCGACCCUCGACGCCGCCCGCCCCGGGCAUUCCAUUCGUUAUAGCCUCAACAGACCGGAUGCGGUCGCCUCUUUCUGUCUUUUCCCUUCUCGUCCUCCUCGCGCACCAUGCGUACGCUCUCCGCUUCGAUGUAAACAUUCGCCAGCGCGCUGCUAGUGUCCUCGCCGCGCGCGCAAACCGUCAGAACACCACCCCUAUCACGAACACGCGCAACUCGGAGUACAUUGCCAAUGUUACUCUCGGCGGACGCCAGAUCCCCGUCCUGUUGGAUACGGGCAGUUCCGAUCUCUGGGUCACCGGUAGUGUUCCGAGUGCGACAGACCUCGGCAAGUCCGUCUCAUUGAGCUAUGCUGUGGGGAAGGCCGCUGGCGAUGUAUACACCGCCCAGUUGGACUUUGCGGGCUAUACCGUCCAAAACCAAGCAUUCUUGCUCGUCGAAGAUACUAGCUCAUUCUCUGUUGACAUCACGUCGCAGGGGUAUGCUGGUCUCAUUGGUUUGGGCCCCAACACUGGGUCUGUUAUCCGCGACAAAGUCGACGAUGCGAGCGGGGCUAGUGUGCUCGACCGCAUAUUCUCCCAGAACGCCACCGCUGCCAACUACCUCACCAUCCUUCUGAGCCGCGAGGGCGACCCUGAGAGCGCCACGGGCCAGCUGACGAUCUCGGAGGUGAUUUCCAACUACAGCAAAGUUCUGGACAUGCCGAAGCUGUCCGUGACCAAGGUGCACAAGCUCACCGACGAGGACCAGCACUGGCAAGUGUACACGGACGUGAACGGCAUCAUUGGUCCCGACGGCCAGCCGAUCGAGGUCGACUCGAUCGUCCCGAAGGCGCCAGACGGCCAGCUCGUGGUCGUGUUCGACUCUGGAUUCACGCUCCCGCAGGUGCCCCGUGCUAUGGCCGACGCGAUCUAUGGUCGUGUACAGGGCGCGGAGUACAACGAGGCGUCCGAGAUUUGGACCGUGCCGUGCGACCAGUACAUUCCGUUGACCUUCAAGUUCGGAGGCAACGAAUAUCCUAUCCACCCGCUCGACGUGUCCAGUGAUGACUUUGCCAUGGUCAACUCCCUUGGUAACCCUGUAUGUGUGGGCACUUUCCAGCCGAUCACGUCGGCCUUCAGUCUGCUGGGAGAGUACGACAUCAUCCUGGGCAUGGCCUUCCUGCGCAACACUUACACGCUCUUUGAUUACGGUAACUUCAUGGAGGAUACCGCCAAUGACCGUGGAGACCCCUUCAUCCAGCUCUUGUCUGUCACCGAUGCUACUGAGGCCCGCCAGGACUUCGUCCAACUCCGGCUCAACGGUGUGGACACCACCAACGACACGGCGCAUGCUCUUCUCCCCACCUCCCAGAUGCAGCACUCUCCUAUUUCGGAGGCAGAAAAGAAGAAGCAAUACGAGGAGAUGAUUCUUAGUCGCUGGCCGUACAUCUUCGUCGGCUGCCUGGCCUUUGUGAUCAUCGUCGCCGGUCUCAUCACCUGGCGCUGCUGCGUUCGCAAGCGCAAGCAGCGAGAGGCUAAAGCAGCAAAGAACCGCCUUCUGGUCCCCAGCGGGCAGCGCUCGCCGGGGGCGCAGCCCAUCUCGUUCGACCGCCUCGAAAGCGGAAUGAUGCCGAACAACAUGGAGAUGCAUGAGAGCAACAAGACCGGGUACGACUACGACUACCGCCCCUCGUUCGCGUCAAGUCGCACUCGCGUGUAGGCUUGCCCUCCGCGCUCCCCCAUCCCCGUCAUCCCCCGUCACUUCCGUGAAGAAGAGGCUCGGACUUCGAGAAGUUGUGUUACUGCCCGCAUACCUUACUCCCCCCUCCCAGCUGUUGUAGCUCGACUGUCGCUCUCCCCGCCCUCUUACUCCGCCGAUCUUGUAUCAUACUCGCUGCACCCCAGCACCCACUUGGCACCCCCUCUUCUUGUCCCACACUACCCCUCUAGCCGGCUUUAUGUCGCGCUAUCCGCCAACCCGCCCACUAACCUAUUGGUUGGCGGCCCUUUUACCCCUUCGCGCUGCCUGUGGACAGGCCUGCUGCUAGUCUUACGUUACCCGAGCGUUGUGCGCGUCCUCAUCCCCGCCUGCCGUUCUUCUGGGCAUUUU